GCUGCACCACCGCACGCAUUGCCCUAAGGAAUCGAUUUUUAGGGUUCUUGCUGGAAAUGGCGCUACGACACUGGCAUUGGGCAUUUGGAUGCGCUCUCGUUCUUCUGGUGGUAUCGAUUCAUGGCAGCAGGAGGCCAGAUCCCUCAGAAUCCGCGGCAUUCGCGAGAUGGCUCGUCGCCAGCGGCUUGUGGGGCGUUGUAAGCACAGUGUCGAUUCAUCUCAAGGGUGUUCCUUUCGGGAACAUUGUCUCUUUCAGCGAUGGCCCCGCGUUUAAUUCCACUGGCACUCCAUACUUCUACUUGACCGAGCUGGAUCCAACAGCGAGAGACUUGGCCGCGGACGACCGCUGCUCGUUCACGAUCAGCGAGGCCUCGCUGGGAACUUGCGGCAAAGCGGAUGCGGAGAGUCCAAUUUGCUCCAAGAUCACGCUCUCUGGAAAGGUAUGGAAUUCUCCUCUCUUUGAUCUUGAUGGGAAGAUUUACUGCUCACUCGCUACUCAUUCGCAGAUGGUGAAACUGGUGAGCGAUGGCGAGAAACGUUUCGCGGCCUCGGCUUUGUUCUCCAAGCACCAUGAAAUGCCCAAUUGGCCAAAGAGUCACAACUUCCAUUUCUACAAACUGGAAAUCUUAGACAUCUUUCUCAUCGAUUUCUUUGGUGGCCCAAAACCAUUGACGAUAGAAGACUAUUACGCGCAUGUUGUUCAUAAAUCCAAUGGUCGCCAUUAUCAAUGAAGAAAAAAAGGAAAAAGCUCGCGCCCUAA